AUGUUUAGAUUAAUAAAUACUUCCCAAGGGUUACGUCCCUCAUUGAUUCUGAAGAUCAAACUAGCCAAAAAUGGAUCUAGUGUACCACUCACAACUACUUCCUCCACCACGGCACAGCCUUCUCCACUCGACUCAAAGCUUUUUUUCAGAAACAACUCAACCACCUCUGCAACAGCUGGCAGCACCUUACUGUCGUCUUCAUUCCAAGAAAAGCCACUCACUGCUGAAUUUAAAGAGAAAUUCCCUUACUAUGAACAUAGACAUCAUCAACCCAAUUAUACCAAUAAUUGGAGUUCGAGAAAUGCAUCCACUUACAAAGAUAUUGAAGAGAUUUCCAAUUUAAUCCAGGAUGAAAAAUUUAGACAACUGAUGUCCGAAAAGGAUUUAUACAGGUAUGCGGCAAAUUUGUAUAGCGCCACAAUAACGCUGAGAAAAACCAGAUUGGGUAAUUCGAGAAAUAGAGACAAGGAUCAAGCCAGUGCUUUUAAGGAAGAUGUCAUUUAUCAAACUGCUAUAUUAAACUUAACGGAGUUAGUUGCAGCUGGAGACUUCAACAAUGUCUUGUCAAGUCGUAUAUUAUUCAAGAUAUUUGGAACACUAUUACAAUUUAAAUUGAAUGCCGAGAUUAUGAGUUUAUGGGAAAAUGGAGUUAGUCAAUCGGAAAAGUCGAAUGACAAUGGUGUAGGACAAUUAUACUUGAGUCAUGAUGUGUUAUCCAUCGUGCUUCAAGUGGCCUAUGAGACAAAGAGAUUCACUUAUGAAGAAAUUAAACUGAUUUAUAACAUGAGUGUUAAUGAAAAUGAACCAGUACAUCCAUUCUUGUCCGACCGAAUCGGUCAAGUUGCCAUUAUGGAAGGUGAUCAUGCUAGAGGGUUGGAUGCUUUGGAAGAAUUGAUGACAUUGUAUGAACAAAAACCAGCAGAGAAAUCGAUUUUGGGAGGAUUGGCUCAAUUGCAUUUAUCAUUUAUUGGACAAUGUAAAGAUGUUGUUAUUGCCAAGAGAUUCUUUGACAAGGCAGUUGAUAGUGCUGAUUCAUUACCUUAUGUUGUUAUUUUGAAAGCUCCUUAUAUGGUUUCAUUUUUGGAAAAUUGUAUCAACGCUGGUGACUCAAUGGAGGAAGUUGUUGAUUUAUGGAGUCGUAUUUCAGCUCAUUAUGGUGAGACUAGUGCUGCUACAAACUCGUCCAAGCUGGCCACAAUCAAUGCUGGUUUGUUUAAAUUAUUCUUUGAUAAGUACCCUGAACCAAAUGAAGAAUCAAUUAAACUUUUGAAAUUGAUAUUCGCCAAGUCACCCAAUAUUGAUGAGGUGUUUUUAAAUACUUUGAUCUCGAAUAUGCAGUGGACAGAAAAGAGUUUGGUUCAGGAUGUAAUUGAUGCUUUUGAAAGAUUCAAUGUCGACAAGAGUAUUAUUUCUCGUCGGGUUAUUUUGAAACAAGCAGGCAAAGUUGAUUACUCAGUACCAGAGAUUUUGCAAUUAUGGAAUAACUUGUUGGCUAAAUUGGAUGCUGAACACUACAAAUACAUUGCCAAUGCCGAUUGGUCAGCACUUCGAGCAGCAACUGCGUUUUCUGAAAAUUACAAAACAAAAGAAAGAUUGGGUUUGUACUUGUCGCUUAUUAAAACAUACAAGAAUUAUAUGCAACAUAAUGGAGCUUGUAUUAACUUCAUUAGAGGUUGGAUUAGAGACGCCAAUGUAUACAAAGAAGUUUCAAGAAUUACAGUUGAAGAAGAUCCUCAUUUCGAAAAUGAAGUUGCCAUUGAUGUCCCACAGUUUCAAAAUUUGAGAGAGAAUGUUGAUUAUAGAAGUGUAACUAAAAAGGUGACCGAUGCUAAUCCAAGGUUACUUGAUUAG